UAUUAUUUAGGCAACUCUAUACACUGCAUUAAAUGAAGAAACAUUUCCUAUACACAGCACAUUUCCAUUGAAUACGCUGGUAGGGAUAAUCAGUAGGCAGCAGGGGUCGGUCAGUCACAAUCAGCAGCCUGUACUGAUACAACUUAUCCUCCUCAUCCUCGGAUCAAGCUAAAAUCCUGCAACCAACCAGUAUACAAAACCAGUAUACAAAAGCCCACAACAAUCGCUUUAUACACGAAGCCAGCCGUAGAGCGCUACACACACAUUUUCUUUAGCAGCCCACACUCAAAGCAAAACAAAGCACUUUUGUGUUGGAAGGUCUUGGUCAUUUUAAUUUUCAACAUCCUACUCGGAUUGAAACAAUUGACGUAUAAGAUGCACAGCAGAAAUUCCCGUUGACGAACUCAUUAAACUAAGCACCAUUAGGUUUCUGCUUCCAAAGUGUCCAAAUGACCGUACCAACCAUCGCCAGUAAGUAACAUGGCGGAUGAAAGUGCAUGCCCUCACACAAAAAUCUCAACAAAUCGAUAGUUUCCAUUUGUUUUGGAAAUGCAUUCUCCCAUGCGAUCUUUAGUAUAGAUCCAAAGUUGUGUCCCCUUCGCCAAGUCACAUUACAGUACGACUGCUAGGGUAUCUGAAAAUUUCUCUUAUAAUUCCACCACCGACGUCAUCGAUACAAUCCCCGCCCACUUCGCUCCCUCCGCCGCGGACGCGUCCCUUCCUUCUCCUCCCUCUAUCUCUCGCCUGCUGCUUCCGCCGCAGCUAAAAAAUAGAGGAAGAAGAUACAUUAACCCGAAAGAAAAAAUAAUCCGAGCUUCAAUGCCGCGGGGUCGACCCCCCAAAACACGGGGAGGAUCCGAGCCAGAGCCCUGUUGCUUACCAUCGCUGGACAGUGCCUACAGGUCUUUACCCCACCCCAAAGCCAGACGUCACGGCUGCAGCAGCUAGAAGGGAUGUUUGAGACUGACACUGAUGGAGUUUUAACGCCAAAUGAUGAGAACAAUAGUUAUGCCUAUCAUGGACCAACUCACAAGUGUGAUAUCUGUUUGCUCUCCUUUCCUAAAGAAACUCAGUACCAGCGACACAUGCGGGACCAUGAGAGGAAUGAUAAGGCUCAUCGAUGUGAUCAGUGCCCAAUGUCCUUUAAUAUUGACUUUAACCUGACACUUCAUAAAGCUACACAUAAUGUGGAUGACCCUACAUGUCCAGCAUGCAGGAAGAAAUUUUCUCGAGUUGCAAGUCUCAAAGCUCAUAUAAUGCUCCAUGAGAAAGAGGAGACUCUUAUCUGUUCAGAAUGUGGGGAUGAAUUCACGCUGCCAAAUAAUUUGUCCCUCCAUAUGGAAGAACACAGGCAAGAGCUGGUGGGAAGCAAAACAUACAGCUGCAAGUCGUGCAAGAAAACAUUUGACUCUACACCACAACUUAAAGAGCAUAUGAAAACACACUUCAAGAUUAGGGUUGCAAAUACUAGAUCUUACAAUCGAAACAUAGACAGAAGUGGAUUUUCCUACUCAUGUCCCCACUGUGGUAAAACAUUUCAGAAGCCAAGCCAGUUAACCCGUCACAUAAGGAUACACACAGGUGAAAGGCCCUUCAAAUGCAACAUCUGUGGCAAAGCUUUUAAUCAAAAGGGGGCACUAGCAACCCAUAUGGUGAAGCACACAGGUGAAAAGCCCCAUGCUUGUGCUUUUUGUCCAGCAGCAUUUUCUCAGAAAGGAAAUCUUCAGUCUCACAUACAGAGAGUUCACUCAGAGGUUAAGAAUGGCGCCACUUAUCACUGCACUGACUGUAGCUGCAUUUUCAAAAGCCUGGGAAGCCUCAAUACACAUAUAAGUAAGAUGCAUGUGGUAGGAUCCCAAACAACACCAGCUCCUACUGGAGGAACAUCCACUGUAACUACGGACACAUCACAACCCCAGUCUUUGUCGGACUCUAGUCUCUUACAGCAGACAUCUGAUGAUAAGUGGAAAAAUGUAACAGUUUUUCAGGCAGUGCCAGCUCAGACAGACUCAACAGACUGUUCUGCUUCAGAACAACAAGGACCUCAACAACCAGCUGUUACUGAUGUUAUCCAGCAGCUCUUAGAACUGUCAGAACCUGUAGACAAUCCUCAAAAUUCUCAAUCUGAGCAGCAACUUAAUAUCUCGGUGGGAAUCAACAGAGAUAUUUUACAGCAAGCCCUAGAAAACAGUGGACUCUCAUCAAUCCCAGUUGCAGCACUUCCUAGUGACACCAGUCAGGCCAAGGCCACUGUUCAAGAAAUUGAAUGUCUUUCAACUCAGCAAAUGGAUUGUAAUGACCAAGAACACGAGGUAGAACAUGAAGAGCAAGAUAAAGCUGACAAGACAGAAAAAAGAAUUAUAAAGAAGAAAUCUGCAUUUUCAGCAGGUUCUGUCCGUGAGGAAAGUGGCAUCCGCUGGCACAUUUGUACAUAUUGUAACAAAGAGUUUAAGAAACCCAGUGAUCUUGUUCGUCACAUUCGUAUUCACACUCAUGAGAAACCAUUCAAGUGUCUGCAGUGCUUCAGAGCCUUCGCUGUAAAAAGCACACUUACUGCUCACAUAAAAACACAUUCUGGCAUAAAAGCAUUUAAGUGUGACUUCUGCAUGAAAUGUUUUUCCACCUCUGGAAGCUUGAAAGUUCACAUCCGCUUGCACACGGGUGUCAGACCAUUUGCUUGUCCACAUUGUGACAAAAAGUUUCGUACUUCUGGGCAUAGAAAGACCCAUAUUGCCUCCCAUUUUAAACAGUGUGAACUUAGAAAGUUGCGGCAACAACGAAAGCCUGGCAAAGUUCGUGUUGGGAAGAGCAAUGUUCCAGUCUCAGAGAUCCCAUUACAAGAACCGAUUCUUAUCACAGACCUUGGUCUCAUUCAGCCCAUUCCUCGGAAUAGCCAAUUCUUCCAAAACUAUUUCAUUAACAGCUAUACCCAUGAAGUUGACAGACCAUAUAAGUGCUAUUACUGCCACCGUGCUUAUAAAAAGUCCUGUCACCUUAAACAGCACAUAAGAUCCCAUACCGGUGAAAAGCCAUUUAAGUGUACACAGUGUGGAAGAGGUUUUGCAUCAUCUGGUGUACUUAAAGCUCAUAUCCGAACACAUACUGGAUUAAGAGAUUACAAGUGUCUUGUAUGUAAUGGAGCCUUUACCACAGGCGGAAGUCUUCGUCGUCACAUGUGUAUUCAUAAUGACUUACGACCUUAUAUGUGUCCAUAUUGCCAGAAAACCUUUAAAACCUCUUUAAAUUGCAAAAAACAUAUGAAAACCCACAGAUAUGAAGUUGCCAGUCAGCUCCAUCAGCACCAGCCAGCAGUUUCAGAAGAGACACCAGCAGAUCAGAUACAUGUUUCUAAUCAGAUACAAGUAGAAAUUGCAGGAGAUGGACUGCAUCAGUCAAGCAGUGUUGCCAGACAGCCAGAAGCUAUUUUACAGCUGAGCCCACAGCCAGUUUUGGACACUGUUUCACCUGCUUUGGGGCAGACUUUGACUGAGCAGAAUUUAGAAACUGAUGAAGACAGGUUUGUUACUUCCCAGCAUGCAUUACAGGAGAACAUCAACCAGUAUGAGACCACAGAACUGCCAACACAAUCAUAUGAUCAACAAGGACUUUCACAAGGCUUUACUGUGACCGAUAGCUUUAGCCAGCAAGCCCAGUUUUCAGCUGUGCAGCAGCUACAGGAUUCUAGCACCCUGGAGUCUCAGGCUCUUUCAACCAGUUACCAACAACCCACUCUUCUGGAAGUGCCUACUGCAGACACCAUUAAUGUCACUGCUCGCUUAAUUCAAGAGGGGACACAUGAAGAAAUUGAACUGCAGACCCAGAGUGCACCAUUUUUGGAAUCCACGGAGGACAGAAGCAGGCGUGCUUACAGAUGUGACUAUUGCAAUAAAGGUUUCAAAAAGUCUAGCCAUCUUAAGCAGCACAUUCGCUCACAUACUGGGGAGAAGCCAUAUAAAUGCACAAUGUGUGGCAGAGGCUUUGUUUCAUCAGGGGUUCUUAAGUCACAUGAAAAGACUCAUACAGGAGUUAAAGCUUACAGCUGCACCAUUUGCAAUGCAGCCUUUACAACUAAUGGCAGCCUGACACGUCAUAUGUCAACACACAUAAGUAUGAAACCCUAUAAAUGUCCUUUCUGUGAUGAAACCUUUAGAACAACUGUGCACUGCAAAAAACACAUGAAGAAGCAUCAGAAUAUUGGCCCUGCUCUUGUUCCUGACACUGAUGAGACUGCAACAGAAGAAGGAGUUUUGGGUUUAGAGACAGAAGAUGAAAGCGCAGAAAGAUCAGCCUCGCGCAAGUCUCGCCAUGGAGUCAUAACAUUUACUGAAGAGGAAACUGCAGAACUUGCAAAGAUUCGACCCAGAGAAGGAGCCACAAUAUCCGAAAAGGUUCUGGUGCAGUCUGCAGCAGAGAAAGACAGAAUAAGUGAGAUUAAAGAUAAACAAGCUGAAAUGGAAACCGAACCUAAAUUUGCCAACUGUUGCUCUUUCUGUCCAAAAAGCUUUAAAAAACCAAGUGAUUUAAUCAGGCAUAUCCGCAUCCAUACUGGUGAAAAACCUUUUAAAUGUGACGAAUGUGGAAAGAGUUUCACUGUUAAAUCAACGCUGGAUUCUCAUGUGAAAACACAUGCAGGGCAAAAACUGUUCAGCUGUCAUGUCUGCAGUAAUUCUUUCUCAACGAAAGGUAGCCUGAAAGUUCACAUGCGUCUGCAUACAGGUGCAAAGCCAUUCAAGUGCCCUCACUGUGAUAUGCGCUUCCGAACAUCUGGACGCAGGAAAACUCAUAUUCAAUGUCAUUACAAAGCUGAUGCCAAAAGAAUCAGGAAGCCGGUUGUACGCAGGCAUCUUUCUCAAGUUGUAGCACCCCCAUCUAGUGCCACAACUACCACAACUGAGUCACUGCAGCCGAUAAACCUACUUAACACAUCAGCCACAGACCCUAGUGUCUUCAUCACUAAUAGUUCUGUUCUUUCAAGCCAAUUUGAUCAAAGCCUGCAGGGACUUGUUGGGCAAGCAAUUCUCCCUGCUUCUGUAUCAGCUGGUGGGGAUUUAACAGUAUCCCUCUCAGAUGGUAGCUUGGCCACACUGGAAGGAAUUCAGUUACAGCUCGCUGCCAAUCUUGUUGGACAGAAUGUUCAGAUUUCUGGCAUAGAUGCUACAAGCAUAAACAACAUAACACUACAGAUUGAUCCCAGCCUUUUACAGCAAACUCUUCAGCACACCAGUAUAAUUCCCCAGCAGAUUCCUGGGGAUCCCAAUACAGCCCAGCCAACCAGCAGCCUGCAAACCACUGACCAACCAGCUAAUGUUGUACUUCAACCAAUAGCAAGUCUGUCUCUACAACCUCCCACAUCCUCAUCUUCCAGCCUGACAAUAGGACCCAUGGCUGAGCAGGAGUCGGUGUUGAGUUCCAGCAGUACAUCUGGCCAAGACCUCUCUCAGGUGAUGGCUUCCCAAGGCUUGGUGCCUCCUUCUAAUGGACAACAUGAAAUCACGCUGACCAUUAAUAACUCCAGCCUCAGCCAUGUGUUGGCUCAUGCUACAGGUUCUACACCUACAACUUCCACUGGAUCUCCACAGGAAAUAACACUUACAAUAUCUGGUCAAGAUAUCAUGCAGCUUGGACCUUCUGGAAACAAUGAUCUAAAUGGGAAUUUGAGACUCAAUACACCAGCAAUCACAAAUCAGGCACCUGAGACCUCUUUAUCAUUAAGUAAUGAUCAAAUGCUGUCACAAGCCAAUACUUUGACAACUACCUCAGAAUUAACAACAUCAUCUGGCAGCCUCCCUUGCACAACAUCAAUAUCACAAGCCCCGGUUUCAACUCAGAAUUUAGUCAUGUCUUCUGGAAUGGGAGGUGAUGGUAGUGUCACACUGACUCUAGCUGACACACAAAGCAUGCUUUCUGGAGGCCUAGAUGCCGUGACUCUCAAUAUCACCUCACAGGCUCAGCAGUUCCCAGGAAUCCUUUCUGAUAGCAGCUUGGCUGGACCGAAUGGAGCAGGCCCACAGCAGGUCAUUUUGGUGAGCCAUGCGACACAGCCAUCAAGUGAGCUCAGUUACCAGGUUACUGGUGAUGCACAAAUUGAAAAGAACAGCCAAGCUGACAAGGAAGGCAGAUUACAUCAGUGUUUUGAAUGCAAUCAUUGCUUUCCCUCAGCCGCUAUACUGGCAGAGCACAACAAAGAAGCUCAUGGCAAAGAGCGAAUUCAUGUUUGCCACCUCUGCAAUAAAGCCUUUAAAAGAGCAUCUCACCUAAAGGAGCACAUGCAGACACACCAGCCAGGCCCAUCACGAAGUUCGCAGAUGCCAAAAUUAUUUAAAUGCGAUACAUGUGAUAAAGCAUUUGCUAAACCAAGUCAGCUGGAAAGGCAUAGUCGCAUUCAUACAGGAGAGCGUCCAUUCCAGUGCACAUUAUGCGAAAAAGCAUUUAACCAGAAAAGUGCGCUACAGGUUCACAUGAAGAAGCACACGGGUGAGAAGCCAUACAAAUGUGACUACUGCUCCAUGACCUUCACCCAGAAAUGCAAUAUGAAACUGCAUAUGAAGCGUACCCAUGCCUACCCUGAUCUGAUAGAAGAAGUCUCUCUGCACCCAGAGGAAGAGGAAGGUGAGGAAGAUAUCGGGCAAGCUCUUGACCUGGAAGAGGUUGUUCAGGAAUCAUCAGGGGAGUGGCAGUGUGGCAUAACCAAUGUUUUCCGGUGACAUCCUAUUAUCAGAAAGCAUAAAACAUUUUUUUGUAUUACAAACUAUUAUGCAGGGCAAAGCACACACGUUCUUUUUGAGUGUCUAAUGCCAACACGUUUUUAGAAGAUUCCACAAUUCCCUAAUGGAGAGGACUGGUAAUGUUUUACUGAAACCCAUAUCAGUUCAUCACUUUAGGAUUCAUUUUCAUAUAACGAGUGCUAUACACUUUAAAGUUCAACUCAGGUAACCUCUGAUGGACCUUAUUUUCAAGUAUCUUUAUGUUCUUUAUAAAUACUCAAAGCUUGUCAUUUGGAUAUCAAUGGAUACAUGGAUCUCACUAUUUUAUGAACCUGAAGUGUAAAGCAUAUUCCACGCAUGCAGUUGCUUCUAUUCAGUUUAGCAGAGAGUCUCUGUCCAUCAGCAUCACUGACCAUCUUUACUUUUUGUUUGCUUUAACCAGAAGCGUGAAAAGAAGAUGUGUCAGACCAAAAACUGUGCUACUUUGUCCCCAUGGCAUAUAUUUUUUUAUGCUGGUUAAUAUAUAUGGGGGGUUCAAGUUACAAAGCUGAAGUGGCUGGGCCACUUUUUGUGUGAAUAAGUAAAGCUUAGUCUUGGAUGUCUGAGACGUUGCACAGCUAUUUUAUUUAAUAAAGUUUUGUUUAUCUGUUUUC